AUGCCAAAAAUAGUCUGCAGUUAUCCUGCUGCCUUCGACAUAUCCAAGGCUACAUAUAGGGAAAAGAUCUUCGUCACCAGAAGCAACACACUCAAAGCUACCUUCAAGAGCCACAGGUACGGCAGAGGCAAGGGCUUCGAGUGCACUGUGAGGAGCGUCCGCAGCAACACCGACUCAACUGAUUUUUCCACCGGGGCAACAGAUCAGACUACAGCCGCGCCUGUAACAACCAAACAGCCCACAACCGCUGGCUACCAGUGUGGGGUAGCGAACCCCAACCGCAUUGUUGGUGGGACAGAGUACGUCAUUACCGCCAGCCACUGCUUCUUCGACCGGCACGGGAACCGCAUCUCCGACGAGGGUCUUGUAGUGGGCGUUGCCAACCACGAUAUGUACUCCUCCUCUGACGACGUCUCGGGCGUCACAAGGUUGGUCAGUGUGGCCAAGGUCAUCCUCCAUCUCGACAUUGCCCUUCUAAAGCUGUCCGAGACCCUGGAUCUGUCCAAGAACAAGGAGCUGAGGUCUGUCUGCCUGCCCGCCGACGACUCCAAGACGACCUACGCAGGAGCCUUGGGCAUCGCUGCAGGAUGGGGCAAUCUGGAAAGCGAAGGAAGCCAGCCCGACAAGCUGAUAGAGGUCACACUGCCCAUCCUGGAGCCAAGCUGUUGGGACAGAACUGUGUCGGAAAGAAUGCUGUGCGCAGGAUACAAGGAGGGAGGCAAGGACACAUGCCAGGGAGACUCAGGCGGGCCUCUGUACGUGGUGGAAGACAGCAAGUACUUCCAGGUAGGAAUAACGUCCUUCGGGAAUGGCUGUGCGAACCCCAACAGCCCGGGAGUGUACGCCAGAGUGUCCAAAUUCCUCAGCUGGAUUAAGACUAACACUGCUGAUGCCACCUACUGCUGA